AUGGAUUCUCCAAGGAAACGGUGGCAACAGCGAGAACAACAUUCUCCAUCACUCAAACACCUAUUCACAUUUACUACAUGGCGGCACUGCGGGCCGUUGACUGCCGGUCUGAUAUCGGCCUUAUUUUCGGGCGCCUUAAGGACGUCUCAAGCCAUCCUCAUCGGAAAGAUAUUCGGGGUCAUCUCCGAAUUCGGGUCCGGACAGCUGAGCGGGCCGGACACCCUCACCCAGGUCUCGUCGUGGUGCGUCGUUCUGACAGUCGUUGGCGGGGCCGGAUGGAUCGUCAACUUCGCCUUCAUGUUCUCGUGGAUUCUGUUCAGCGAGCUGCAGGCGAAGAACAUCCGCCAAAGGAUAUUCGGCGCCAUGCUGAGAAAGGACAUGGAAUGGUUCGAUUGCCGGGAAGACGGGGUGGCCAGCCUACUCGUGAGAAUGCAAACGCAGACUCGGGAGCUCCAGAUGGCGUCGUCGAUAGCGCUCGGUUCUUUGGCCGCGGAGAUAGCGACCUCCGUCGCGAGCCUCGUCGUGGCUUUCCGCGGUUCGUGGAAGCUCACGCUCGUGCUCCUCGCAACCGUACCGAUCUCCGUCGCAGUGCUCGCGGUGCUAAGUCGCACGCUCAAGUCGGCUGUGCAAGCGCAGAAGCAGGAGCUUAGCCGAGCGUCGAAAUACGCGAUAUCCGCCAUCGCCGCUAUAGAUCUCGUGAAAGCUUUCAACGCCAACGACCACGAGACGUGGCAGUAUCUCCGGGCCAUACGGCGCUCCAUGAAUAAAUACCUGAUCCAGGCCAGGGCGGCCGCGUGCCAGUCCGGCUACGUCAAGCUCUGGUUAGACGGGAUGUUCGUGAUCGGAUUCUACUACGGCGUCGUCCUAGUCAACGAAGGGCUGAGCCCAGGGGAUGUCGUGACGACCUUCUACGCCGCUCUCGGCGCGAUGCAGGCCUUUGAGGCUUUCGUGCCCAUGUACAUGGCUCUGGCGAGGGGCAUGUCUGCCGGCCAAGCGCUAUAUUUCGUAGUCUACGAUGCGGAAAGCGGACGAAAGAUGCGCAGGAUGAUCGGUAACCACAGCCCAAAAGAGUGUUUCGGCGACAUCAGAAUUAGCGAUGUCAGCUUCGCAUAUCCGUCAAAUUUGUCGAAGGUCGUAUUAAACAAAGUCUCAUUUACCUUUGAGCCGGGCCGGCUGUAUUUCGUCGUCGGACGAAGCGGCUCCGGGAAGAGCACGCUGGGCAAUCUGCUACUGAAAUUCUACGAACCCUUCGCCGGCGACAUCUUCAUCGACAGCUACGGGCUCAAGACCCUUGACACAGAAUGGGUGCGGAAUAAUGUCACUCUGAUUCAACAGGCGAGCGUGCUCUUCAACGAUACCUUCUCGGCAAACGUAGCUAUGGGGCGCGGAGACCCUACGCGAGUAUCCAGAGCGGAGGUCAAGGCCGCUUGCGAGACGGCCCUGCUCCAAUCGACUAUAGCCACCCUCCCGAACGGCCUAGAUACAUACGUGGGCGCCGGCGGCCACGACCUGAGCGGCGGACAGAAGCAGCGGCUAGCUCUCGCGCGGGCGAAGAUACGUGACCCCCCGGUGCUCAUCCUUGACGAAGUUACCAGCGGACUCGACCCGGUCAGCCGAAGCCUCGUCAUGGAUGCCGUAAGACAGUGGCGACGGGGCAAGACGACCAUCAUAGUCACCCACGAAGUCGCGCAGAUUAAGGACUACGACUUCGUAUAUGUCAUGGAUGACGCGCGCGUCAUACAGAAGGGCUUCCGCAAAGCUCUGCAGGAGCAAGGCGACGGCAUCUUCGCUACUCUGGCAGCUUCGGCAACCGAAGACAACGGAGCGUAUAACGGACAAGUGCCAGAAAGAGCAACGAGUCCCCCAGCCGAUCUCUCUUACCAGAAGAGCGCUUCGGAAGGAGGUCGUGCUUCAUCCAAUUACUUCUGGCCAUUCGAGACGCAGGACGACCAUCGCUACCUGGCGCAGAGCACCGCGCUAGGCGUCGGUGCCCCCGCUGUGCAGGCUCGGCAAUUUUUAAACCAGAGUACCUGGAACGAAGAUGCCGACCCCGACGUGCCUCGGGCGGGCGAGUCGGCGUCCCGGAGCAUGCUCUUACACCUCCGAGAGCUGGGGGAUACGGUGCGAGAUAGCCGUCGCGGCCGCGUCUUUGAGGAUCGACGAUCGGGCUUACAGGCAAGCGACACAUCCGCGGGUACUUCCAAGUCGCGCAUCGACCAUAAGGAUAUCGACGAGGCGAAGCGAGAAGAGGAGCAGGCGAAAGCCUUACCGCUGCUGGCGAUAUAUAAGACGGUCUGGCCGUGCCUGACGACGAAGGAGAGGGCCUUUCUCGUUAUCGGAUUCGUCGCGUGCAUCGCCGUCGCGGGCUCGGUCCCGGCCUUCUCCGUCGUGUUCGCGAACCUCCUGGCGGUGCUAUAUUCCAGCGGGGACAAGAUGGCCUCCGGCCAGAGGUGGGCCCUGUACCUGCUCCUGAUCGCCGUCGCCGGGGCUCUGUCGACCCUCGCCAGCCAGUAUUUGAUGCAGUGGGCGGCCCAGGCCUGGGUGAACGCCUUGCGGAUGCGGGCGUUUAGUAGGGUCCUGAGGCAGCCGAAGGCGUGGUUUGAGAAGCCGGCGCACUCGACCAUCCGCAUUAGCGAAUGCAUGGACCGAAACGCGGAAGAGAUGAGAAACCUCCUCGGGCGAUUCGCGCCUCAGCUGCUGGUCGUCGUCAUCAUGAUAUCUACCACUAUCGUCUGGGCCGCAGUCAUAUCGUGGCGGCUGACUCUAGUGAGCCUCGGCAGCGCCCCGCUUCUCGUAGCGGCCACGAAAGGUUACGCCUUCGUGUCAACGAAGUGGGAAACCCGGUGCAACAGGGCCUUAGAAAAAGUGAUCGCGGUAUCGGCAGAGACCUUCCUUAACGUACGUGUCGUCCGAGCCCUGACUCUGGAAAGCUUCUUCUCCGCGAAGCACGACGCAUCUAUAAAUGCGGCGUUUGACCUCGGCGUCAGGAAGGCCACCUGGACGUCUACGCUUUACGCUUCCUGGCAGUCCAUAUUCUGGUUUAUGAUGGCCUUGAUCUUCUGGUACGCAACCGUACUCCUAACCGUCAACAGCGCCAUCACAGUGCACGACAUAUUGCAAGUCGUAAACCUGCUCGUACUCGGCCUCACGACCGCCUCCAACAUCCUGAACUCUGUACCCAGCAUCACCGCUUCGCAAGCCACCGCCGCCCAGCUCCUUUACUACGCGAACCUGCCUGCGGAAAUGUCUCACGAGUCGACAGGCAUGUCUAAGCUUAUACGCCCUUUCCCUAUCCUGAUGGACGGCUUGUCCUUUACUUAUCCGUCGAUGAACCGCGCCGUCCUCCGGAACGUCUCCCUAAGCUUCGACACCGGGACGUCGACCGCUAUCGUCGGUCCUUCGGGAUGCGGCAAGAGCACUAUAGCGUCUUUAAUCCUUGGUCUGUACGUGCCGGACACCUCAGGUGGAAGACGGAUCUCCGACGAGCAGGGACAGCUGAGCUUCGGCUUUACCGAUGCCUCUAAGAUCAACGUAUCCAGCCUACGAAGCCACAUCGGCUACGUUCCGCAGACGCCGUUUCUGUUCCCCGCCAGUCUUGCGGCAAAUAUCUUCUACGGGUUACCGGAAGAGUCGCCGCUUCGUAGCCUAAAAAAUCUCCAAAGGGCAGCUAGGGAGGCGGGAAUCUACGAUUUCGUCCGUAGCUUGGCGGCCGGCUUCGACACGGUAGUCGGCGACGGCGGACAAGCACUCAGCGGCGGACAAGCGCAGAGGGUCUGCAUCGCUAGGGCCUUAGCUCGGAGGCCGAAGAUCCUGCUGCUGGAUGAACCUACGAGCGCGCUGGAUUCGGAGAGCGCCGAGGCAGUGAGGCGCACAAUAGAGGCUCUGAUGCGAUCGGCCAGAACUCACGUCGACGACGACAGGGGCAGCUUCGAUAUUUUUGCUACCCACCGCGCGAGAAAUCAAGAUCUGUGCGUUAUCGUAAUUACGCAUAGCAAGGAAAUGAUGCGCACGGCCGACCGCGUUGUCGUCAUUGACCAGGGAAGCGUGGUAGAAACUGGUUCUUACGACGAACUGUUCAAAAGGAAAGGAAAAUUCACGGAGCUUGUGAGCGACGGCGCUUGGAUAGGAGGUGGCGAGAGUCCCGGGAAGCGGCGUAACACCGGCAACACGGGAAUGAAGGCGCAGCAGAGCGUUUCAAACGACCUUCCCCUCCGUAAGAUGGACGCGUCCGAUGCCCACGAUUCUGUUACAACGCCUCGGUGGAUCGGCCUCCGGGAUACAUACAGAACCGACGACCGAGGCCCCUCUACGGGUCUCAUGAGUCCUCUUACCAGUCCGUUCGGCAUGCCCUCUCGACGAAAAGAGCAUAGGGGUGACGGUACAGCCUGA